AACAGAGAAAGAAAGAAAGAAAAAAACUCAAAACCCUUUUUCUUUCUUUCUACAAUUCCUUUUCCUUUCUCCUCUUUUUCAUUAAAGAAACAAACAAAGACUCUCUCAGAAUUUCUCAAUUUCUGCUCAUUUUUUCUCAUUCUCAUGAGCAUUUGUUGAUUGGUAGCUAGCUAGUAAUGGCGACAAAGCCAUUAUCAAUUCUAUCUGUUGUUGAAGAUGUCAUUCAAAAAAAUAGAAGCCAAUUCGAUGACAUCGAUUUCACUUCAAAUAUUAGAAAAUCUGAAGAAGCUUCAUCAAGAAGGAACGAAGCAGCUAUGUGGCUGCAAAAUAUAGUUGGAGGAAAAGAAUUGUUGGAUGAACCUUCUGAAGAAGCUUUCAGGAUUGCAUUGCGUAGUGGCAUUAUCCUUUGCAACGCUCUCAACAAAGUUCAACCUGGUGCUGUACCCAAUGUAGUUGAAGCCCCAAGUGACAUUGAUAACAUUCCUGAUGGGGCAGCACUAUCUGUUUAUCAAUACUUUGAAAAUGUAAGGAAUUUUCUAGUAACUAUGGAGGAGAUGGGGCUUCCAACAUUUGAUGCUUCUGAUUUGGAACAGGGAGGGAAAUCAUCAAGGAUAGUGAAUUGUGUUUUAGCACUUAAAUCGUAUAGUGAAUGGAAACUAGAAGGCAAAAAUGGAUUGUGGAAAUAUGGCGGGAGUCCAAAACCACAACCUACCAUUGCAAAAAUAUUUGUGAGGAAAAACUCAAUACCAUUCAUGAAGUCUUUGUCUAGAGGAACUGCUUCGUUGGGCGACAAAGAUGGUUCGCCGAGUGAACACUCUUCAAGCAUUGAGACUGUACUUAAUGAUGCUGUACUUAAUGAUGGCAGUGAAGAGGGUUCUAUUCCUUCCUUGUAUUCACUAGUUCGUGAAAUUUUGCAUGAUAAGAAGCAAGAAGAAAUUCCAUUUAUAGUAGAAUCUCUGCUUAACAAAGUCAUGGAAGAGUUUGAAAGUCGUGCGAUCACAGUACAACAAGAAACGAUGGAAGAAAUUGAAGAUGUAGAAAUCAAACAAAAGCAAAAUGAUGAUGUGAAGUACCAUGACGAUGAAAAGUCAAGUAUGCAAAACAUAAUUCAAAGGCAACAUGAAAACAUCCAGGAAUUGAAAAUGAUUGUUAAUCAAACAAAAGCAGGAAUGCACUGUCUACGUGAGAAAUACAAGGAGGAUUUCAUUUGUCUAGGUAGUCAUCUGUAUAGCCUAUCUACUUCUGCUUCAAGAUAUCAGAAAGUUCUGGAAGAAAACCGCAAAUUAUACAAUCAGAUGCAGGACUUGAAAGGUAAUAUUAGAGUGUACUGUAGAGUUCGCCCCUUAAUAGGACAACAAAACAGUUGUGGCGUUGUCGGUAGUGUAGAGGAAGAAAGUAUUUCACUCGUAACGUCUUCUAAGAAUGGAAAAGAGGUGAAGAAAACAUUUACUUUUAACAAAGUGUUUGGUCCUUCUGCAACUCAAGGGGAGGUUUUCUCAGAUACACAACCUCUGAUUCGUUCGGUUUUGGAUGGAUUCAAUGUUUGUAUAUUUGCCUACGGCCAGACAGGGUCAGGAAAAACACACACUAUGUCUGGACCAGACAAUAUUACUGAGGAAACAGUUGGUGUCAACUACCGUGCUUUGAGGGAUCUUUUCUGUCUCUUAGAACAAAGGAAAGACACCAUUCACUAUGAUAUCUCUGUCCAGAUGCUUGAGAUAUACAAUGAGCAAGUUAGAGACCUACUAAUGACAGACGCUUCUAACAAAAGAUUAGAAAUUCGCAACAGUUCCCAUAAUGGUAUUAACGUGCCAGAUGCAAACCUUGUUCCUGUUUCAUCCACUGCUGAUGUCUUAAAUUUGAUGAGCUUGGGACAAAAGAAUCGAGCAGUUGGUUCUACUGCCAUGAAUGAUCGGAGUAGUCGUUCUCAUAGCUGCUUGACAGUUCAUGUUCAAGGAAGAGAGCUUUCAUCAGGAAAUGGUCUUCGUGGAUGUAUCCACCUAGUUGAUUUGGCAGGAAGUGAGAGGGUUGAUAAAUCUGAGGUGACAGGAGAUAGGCUAAAGGAGGCUCAACAUAUUAACAAGUCGCUUUCCGCUUUAGGAGAUGUAAUUUCUGCCCUCGCCCAAAAGCAAUCACAUGUUCCUUACCGAAACAGUAAACUUACUCAAUUACUUCAGGACUCUCUUGGAGGCCAAGCAAAGACACUCAUGUUUGUUCAUAUUAGCCCGGAGCCUGAAGCUCUUGGAGAAACAAUUAGUACACUGAAGUUUGCCGAAAGAGUUUCAACUAUUGAACUUGGUGCAGCACGAGCUAAUAAAGAGAGCGGCGAAGUGAAAGAGCUGAAGGAACAGAUUGCUAGUCUAAAGGCAACCAUAGCGAGGAUGAAGGAUGGAGAGUUGGAGCACUUUAAACAGCCUUCAAAUAGAAUUACCAGAGGCCGUAAGUUACCAAGAGAUGAUUGUAGUAGCAUUGAGGACCCUAAAAAGGAUUCAUCAAAGCUAAAAAGUCGAAGCCUUGAUAUCGGAGACAUAUAUUGGAAUUCACCUCCAUGGCCAGAUCCACAUGGUGGGGUAAAUGGAAAUGAGGAUGAUAAGGAAUCGAUUUCUUGUGGAAGUAUGUAUAGGGAUGAUAGCUUAACAACUGAUGAUAGCUUCUCAGUACAGGGGGACACAGAAAGCAAACAAUCGUCUUCUCCAUUGUGGAUGGCCACCACCGCAUCCACAAAUGAUUCUGAUGAGUUUGAGUUUGCAACUAGUGUAUGUUCAGAACCAGACAUGAAUUGGCAAUCCCAUUCACCAAAAGCAACCGCCGUUUCCAGUUUAUCAGUGUCUAGACCAAAGAGAUCAGUUCAUGUCAGACAAGGGAAGAACUUAGAAACCAGGACUACGAUCCCAUCGAUGCUUUCUUCAUCACCAAGAAAACAUUCCACCUUAGCUAGCCAACCAAGAAAGCAUUCAGGUUCAAUUGAUGCUAAAAGAAGAAGUGGAAAUGCCAAAUGAGAAAGCUACUCUAAGGGACAAACUUCCUAUUUUGUUGCCCCAUUUAUGUAUUUAUAAUUUAGUUGUAAAGAGAAAUGAUAGAGUUUUUAAUUUUUUAACAUUAGAGGGACAUAGGAAUCUGUAUAUAGGGAUCUAAUUUUUGUACAAAAAAUAGAAAAGAAAUCCCAACCUAUAUUUUUAGUGCAUGUGUUGCACUAGAUGAAGAAAAAUGAAGGGUGUGGAUCAAAGAAGAGGACACAAAAGAAAAGAAGGCCAUAAUGCUGUCUUUGUGCUUCCCAUCUACUUAUUGUCUCUUCUUUUCAGCAUUACCAUCAGUUUGUGGGAAGUUAUAUGAAAAACAAUCAUGUAAGUAUGUAAAACACUAAUUUUAGAAUUGGUUUCCGACUUUCCGGAUGUUGAAACAUCCAUUUAUUAUGCUUCUUUUAUAUCAUUCAGAUUCAA